UUAAACCUGUAUAAAAUCAGAGUCCACGCCCUCCAGGAAUGGCGACACUUCUCGCCUCCAUCUUCCUCUUACCCGCAACCUGCUCCGCCUCCGCCCCGGGGCUCCUCCUCCGUGGUGCCAUCCCACGCUUCCGCCGUGCCCUCGCCUCGCCGCCCCGCAUGUCCUCCUCUUCCGCCUCCCCCGCACCGGCUGCUGCCGCGGCCGGAGAGAAGCCCGCCGCGGCGCCGUACGGGUCCUGGAGGUCGCCCAUCACCGCGGAUGUUGUCUCUGGCGCCGGGAAGCGCCUCGGCGGCAUUGCCCUCGCUGGGGACGGCCGCCUGCUCUGGAUUGAGGGCCGCCCUGAGGAGAAAGGGCGUAUGGUUAUUGUAAAGGAGGAUGACAAUCCUGUGGAUGUCAUACCUCAGGAAUUUGCAGCACGCACUGUGGCUCAAGAAUACGGUGGUGGUGCAUUUGCAGUUCAAGAUAAUGUUGUUGUUUUCUCAAACUACAAGGAUCAGCGUCUGUACAAGCAAGUGACCGGAACUGGUAGUCUGCCUGUGCCACUUACACCUGAUUAUGGUGCACCCGAUGUCAGUUAUGCUGAUGGUGUAUUUGAUCCACACUUCAACCGUUAUGUUACCGUGAUGGAAGACCGUCGAAAGAGUAGCUUGAAUCCCACUACAACAAUUGCGUCUAUAAACUUAAGCGGUGGGGAUGUCCAUGAACCAAAGGUGCUGAUUAGUGGGAAUGACUUCUAUGCUUUUCCUCGAAUCGAUCAAAACAAAAUGCGGAUGGCAUGGAUUGAGUGGGGUCAUCCAAACAUGCCAUGGGAUAAAUCAGAGCUUUGGGUUGGCUACUUCUCCGAAAACGGAGACUUGACCAAACGAGUCUGUGUUGCUGGUGGCAACCCAAUGCUGGUGGAAUCACCUACUGAGCCUAAAUGGUCCCCAAAAGGGCAACUUUUUUUCAUAAGUGACAGAGGGAGUGGAUUCUGGAACAUUUAUAAAUGGGUUGAACACACCAAUGAGGUUGUUCCGGUGUACACACUGGAUGCUGAGUUCACAAGACCAUUGUGGGUUUUUGGCAUCAGCUGUUACGAUUUUCUUGGAAAGAGCAAUCACAUCAUAUUGACAUACAGGCAGCUUGGAAGGUCAUAUCUUGGUGUACUGGAAUGUGAGUCAGGUUCUGUUUCAUUGCUUGACAUUCCCUUCUCUGACUUGUCUGAUGUGGUCACUGGAAAUGAUUACUUUUAUAUUGAAGGUGCCUCUGCAAGUAUCCCGAUGUCAAUUGCAAAGGUGACCUUGGACGAGAGCAAAGCAAAAGUAGUUAGUUUCUCAAUAGUCUGGUCGUCAUCGCCAGAUGUUGUGCAGUAUAAACCUUUCUUCAGCACUCCAGAAUUUAUCGAGUUCCCUACAUCCACCCCUGGACAGAAUGCUUAUGCCUAUUUCUACCCACCUUUGAAUCCCAUGUUUCAAGGUUUACCAGAUGAAAGGCCUCCAUUGCUUGUCAAAACACAUGGAGGGCCUACAGCUGAAGCACAAGGAAUUCUUGACCUUAGUGUCCAGUAUUGGACAAGUCGAGGGUGGGCAUUUCUUGAUGUUAACUAUGGAGGAAGCACCGGUUAUGGGAGAGAGUACCGAGAGAGACUAUUGGAGAAAUGGGGUAUUGUUGAUGUUGAUGAUUGUUGCAGCUGUGCAAGAUUCCUGGUGGAGAAUGGGAAAGUAGAUGACCAACGCCUUUGUAUAACUGGUAGAUCAGCAGGUGGAUAUACUACAUUAGCUUCACUUGCAUUCAGAGAUACAUUCAAGGCUGGAGCAUCUUUGUAUGGUGUUGGUGACUUGUCUUUGCUGAGAGCAGAGACACAUAAAUUUGAGUCCCACUAUAUGGACAGUCUUGUUGGAAAUGAAAGAGCUUACUAUGAGAGAUCACCAAUCAACUUUGUCAAUAAGUUUACAUGUCCAGUUAUUCUAUUUCAAGGGUUGGAUGAUAAGGUCGUACCACCAGAUCAGGCACGCGCAAUAUACAAGGCCUUGAAGGAAAAAGGUCUACCUGUGGCUUUGGUUGAAUACGAAGGGGAGCAGCAUGGGUUCCGCAAGGCUGAAAACAUCAAGUUCACCUUGGAGCAGCAGAUGUUGUUUUUUGCUCGAUUAGUCGGGAAAUUCGAGGUGGCAGACGAUAUAACUCCAAUCAAGAUUGAGAACUUCGAUUGAUCAAGUCUAAAAAAGAAAAGAACUUUUUCGAUUGAUCUACUGAAGAACGAAGUGUAUCAGCAGUUUGCACUUGUUUUUCAGGUGGUGUAACUGGUGUCUGGAUUAAAGUUUUGUCCUGUACAACCGUUUACGUUUCUAUUACAAUACGUCAGUUUACAUGCUCUUUUGGUUGAUCGAAAGCUUACAGUGCACUCUGUAUCAAUUUGGACCUGAAUCCAUCUUCUCUUGAAUUGCUUGUAACCUGCAAGCAAAACUUGUUUCCACAUCGACAUUUUACUGGUACAUCGUCUCCGUUUGAUCA